AUUGAGAGCAGGCCGCUCCCGCAUCUCCUCCGCCCAUCCCCUGCUGCCAGCUGCCUCUGUGAUGCUGCUCCUGUGUGUAGAGGAGGAGAGAGCCGCUGCCCAAUGACAGCGCAGGAUGCUCAGAGGCUGCUCCGGUGAAUGGAGGCGUCAAGAUGCCAUCUCAAGCGGUGAAGGAGAGGAAUUAACAUCGAGCAAGGUCUGACUUUGAAGUGUUCCACCCAUUAAGGCAUGACAUAAAGUCACUCAUGUAUGCUUCAGAGGGUCAGAGCAGUCUCACUUCAGCACGCUCCCGUUAAGGACCCUCUGGCGGCCACACCGCCGAUUCACAGGACAUGUACGGCAGUGCCAGAGCUGUAGGCCAUAUAGAGAGCAGCCCCGCACGGUCCCCGCGCCUGCCAAGGUCCCCCAGACUGGGCCAUCGGAGGGCCAACAGCGGGGGCGGGGGUGGUGCGGGGGGAAAGACGCUCUCCAUGGAGAACAUCCAGUCACUCAAUGCUGCCUAUGCUACUUCGGGGCCCAUGUACCUGAGCGACCACGAGGGCUUGGGCUCCACUGCCACCUACCCGAAAGGCACUAUGACUCUGGGACGCGCCACCAGCCGGGCCAUGUACGGGGGCCGCGUCACAGCAAUGGGCAGCAGUCCCAACAUCGCCUCAGUGGGGCUGCCCCACGGCGACCUGCUGUCUUACAGUGACCUGGGCUCCCUCUCCAUGCUGCAGCACCACCACCACCACCACCAGGGGAUGCCCUCCGCACUGCUGAGGCAGGCGGUGCGGAGCAGUGGGGGGGAGCUGCUGGAGUUUCAGGUCCAGCUCAGGGAUAUGCAGAGAGAGAAUGAGCUGCUGCGUCGGGAGCUUGACCUGAAAGACAGCAAACUUGGAUCAUCCACCAACAGCAUCAAAAGCUUCUGGAGUCCUGAGCUGAAGAAGGAGCGGAUAAUGAGGAAAGAAGAGGCCGCUCGCACAUCGAUCCUGAAAGAGCAGAUGAGAAUCACUCACGAAGAGAACCAGUCUCUCUUCCAGCACCUCCAGAUGACUAUCCAGGCUCUGCAGGAUGAGCUGCGCACACAGAGAGACUUGAACCACUUGCUUCAACAGGAGGGUGGGAACCGCUCAGACCAUUUCUCCAGCAUCGAGCUUACGGAGGAGAACUUCCGCCGUCUGCAGGCCGAACACGACAGGCAGGCCAAGGAGCUCUUCUUGCUGCGGAAGACCCUUGAGGAGAUGGAGCUGAGGAUCGAGACCCAGAAGCAGACGCUGGGUGCCAGGGACGAGUCCAUAAAGAAGCUGCUGGAGAUGCUGCAGAGCAAAGGGCUGCCACCGGGGCCCGGGAGGGUGUCCGAGGACGAGGAGCAGGAGAGAGCCAGGCGCAUUGCUGAGGCAGAGGCCCAGCUCGGACACCUGGAGGUUAUUCUGGAUCAAAAGGACAAGGAGAACAUCCAUCUACGAGAGGAACUGCACAGAAGAAAUCAGCUGCACCAGGAUCCAGGCAAAACCAAGGCCCUGCAGACCAUCAUAGAGAUGAAAGACACCAAAAUUGCCUCUCUGGAGCGCAACAUUCGAGACCUGGAGGAUGAGAUCCAAAUGCUGAAGGCGAACGGCUUGCUGAACACAGAGGACAGAGAGGAGGAGAUCAAACAGAUGGAGGUCUACAAAAACCACUCCAAGUUCAUGAAGACCAAGAUUGACCAGCUGAAGCAGGAGUUGUCAAAGAAGGAGUCGGAGCUGCUGGCCUUGCAGACAAAACUAGAGACUCUCAACAACCAGAACUCAGACUGCAAACAGCAUAUCGAGGUGCUCAAAGAGUCUCUCACUGCCAAGGAGCAACGUGCUGCCAUCCUUCAAACAGAGGUAGAUGCUCUGCGUCUGCGUUUGGAGGAGAAAGAGUCCUUCCUGAACAAGAAAACCAAGCAGCUGCAGGACUUGACGGAGGAGAAGGGCACUCUCGCCGGAGAAAUCAGGGAUAUGAAGGACAUGCUGGAGGUCAAAGAAAGGAAGAUCAAUGUCCUGCAGAAAAAGAUUGAGAAUCUGCAGGAGCAGCUGCGAGACAAAGACAAGCAGCUGGGGAAUCUGAAGGACCGGGUCAAGUCUCUGCAGACCGACUCCAGUAACACAGACACUGCCCUGGCGACCCUGGAGGAGGCUCUGUCAGAGAAGGAGAGGAUUAUAGAGCGUUUAAAGGACCAAAGGGAGAGGGAAGACAGAGAACGUCUGGAUGAAGUGGAUUCCUACAGGAAGGAGAACAAGGAUCUGAAGGAGAAGGUCAACGGCCUUCAGAUAGAACUAACAGAGAAAGAGUCCAGCCUCAUCGAUCUGAAGGAUCAUGCUUCGUCUUUGGCCUCCUCUAGCCUCAAGAAGGAAUCAAAGCUAAAAACACUGGAGAUCGCCAUCGAGCAGAAAAAAGAGGAGUGUAGUAAGUUGGAGACGCAGUUGCAGAAGCAAGCUGAGCAGCUAUUCAGUCACAUGAAAAAUCCUAAGGCCCAUGAGGUGGAUCAUCAGACCGGCCCCAGAGGGAACCCGGAGUACGUGGACCGAGUGAAGCUGCUGGAGAAGGAGGUGAAUUACUACAAGGACGAGGCGAACAAGUCUCAGACGGAGGUGGAGAGGCUCCUGGACAUCCUGCGAGAGGUGGAGACUGAAAAGAAUGACAAGGACAAGAAAAUCACUGAGCUGGAAAGUCUAACUCCAAGACAAGGUGGCAAAGACCAGACCAAGAAGGGUCCAAAUGUCAAACUGGGACCACAAGGGGACAAGAAGGGCUUAGUACAAGACCCUCGUAAGGAUGGCUCCAUGGACCACUUAAAGUUGGAGGAGCUGAUGAACACGCUGGAAAGGACGAGGCAGGAGCUGGAUUCCACAAAGCAGCGUCUCUCGUCCACACAGCAGUCCCUGCAGGAGCGGGACGGCAACCUCACCAACAUGAGACAGGAGCGCAGGAAACAGCUGGAGGAGAUCCUGGAGAUGAAGCAACAGGCUCUGCUUGCAGCCAUCAGUGAGAAAGAUGCUAAUAUUGCACUGCUGGAGCUGUCGACCUCCAAUAAAAAGAAGACCCAGGAUGAGGUGCUGUCCCUCAAGAGGGAGCGGGACAAACUGAUGCACCAGCUCAAGCAACACACACAAAGCCGGAUGAAGCUGAUCGCCGACAACUACGAAGACGAACAAUAUCAUCCCCACGCUCCUCACCACCCCCAGCCUCAGCCUCCGCACGCUCAGCCUCCGCACGCUCAGCCUCAGCCUCAGCCCCAGCCCCAGCCUCAGUACCCCCACGCUCCCCACGCUCCCCAUGCUCCGCACGCUCCCCACCCUCCUCACGCUCCUCACGCUCCUCACGCCCAGCAGACUCCAUAUCCCAACACCAUGCAUCCGCAACACCCGCAGGCCCCCCAACAGCACCCACACCCACAGCAGGCACAACCCCAAUACCCUCACCCCCAGCAGCACCCCCAGCAGCACCCCAAUCAGCACCCCCAGCAUCCUCAGCACCAACAGCACCCACGACCCCCACAGCCCCAACACCCUCACCAACAGCACCCUCAGCAUCCUCCCCAGCACCCACACGGACAUCCUCCUCCCCAGCACCCUCACCCGCAGCACCCACACGGCCCUCCCCAACAAGGACCCCACCCCCAACAUCCACAUCCCCAGCACCCCCAGCACCCGCAUCACGGCCAACAUCCACGUCACCCAUCGCCCCAUCAUCGUGGAGGGCCGGCCCGAGGACCCCCACAUGCUGGUCACCGCCCUGCCCAGGACCAGCAGGAUGACGACGAGGGCAUUUGGGCAUAAUCCUUGCUGUGACAACCAAAGCGCUAAUAUUGUUUUGAGGGAUGAUUCAGUCACUACUGGAGUAGCAGCCACGCCACGAUGUUGAAACACUACCCGACCAAACAUGUAUUACCUUCACUCAGUCGACGCUCAGCAAUGGGACUUUUGUUUAUUUUCUCUGGGGACGAGGAGGGGGCACUCAGGUGUGCAGGUCAGGCGGGGAGACUGACAGCUGAUCAGGUGACCUGGGACCUCUUCUCUGUGUGAAACAGGAGCAGCCGUCCUCUUCUUCCUCUGUACAGAAACACAGACGCAGGACUACAUUAAAAUGAUGUUGAUGCCCACAGAGACAGAUGUGGCCUGUCAGAUUCUUGCUUGGACAUGGCAUGUGAUCAAGAUGGCAGCCCUGCGUCUCACAGAGGUCACCUCACCUGUCUGUCACCUGCUGAUCACUACACCUCUUCAGGCCAACAACGCCCUCUCCAUCCACCCAGCAGAGAUCUCAUGACUGCCUGCCAGCCCAGUAUUUGUUCCUCAUCCUCCUCCCUGCGAUGGAUCAAGAUCCUGGUCUUCUUGCUGUCUGUUUCUCCUGCCCACUGAUCCCUCUGGCUGGCUUCCCCUACCUGACUCUGUCCUGGUUUCUUGAUCCUCACUGCCCUGCUGACCCACCUGGUGACAUCUGACCCCUCGACCUGGCUGUCAUCACCCUCAUGACUCAUGACUAUUCUGUAGUUUUAAUCAUUUGAUUGUGUCGAUGAGCUAAUUUACCCUUUGUGGCACACAGUGACCUCUUUUUUACCUUUAUACAUGCCAACACACAACACAUCUGUUUAGAGGCACUUGCUUUUUCCACACACCAGAUUAGAUCGUUUUCUGUUUUAAUUUCUUGUUGGUAAAAGGGAGAGCUUAAAGCUUGCUGAUAGUACGCCUUAAGCCUUGCCUGCAGUGGUGGGGUUCUCUUGGCUACUGAAGCAGGGCCUUCCAGCUCAUGGGCUUGUUAUAGCCUCAAGGCUGUGGGUGCUAUCAAUGUUUCUCUUCAUCUUACCUCAUUUUAAUCAAAAGUAGUCAACAAAAUAAUCAAUCUAUGCAGAAGUCAAUGUAGAGUGAAUGCAUUUUUAUUCCCACAUCCUUGCUCAAAUUUAUCACCAAAAGUGUAAUCAACCAUCCAAUCAGAGCGGCCAAGAGAGGGUUAAAAAAAUAAUCAUAAGUCAUUUUACCUUUCCUUUCUGAUACUAUGCACCUAUGCACCUCCUCCGUGUUGCAGGAAUUUUUACUAAUGGUGCUUCUGCUGGUGCUCAAACUAAAUGGUGUCAGAAGACCUGGUCAAGAGCAUCUUGUAGUCCUUUUACAGUAGAGGGACUUGAUCCCAAAACGGGCUUCACAAACAACUGUAAGACUGCUUUGUACAUACGUCUUGACCUUAUGAACAACAAUUACUUCAAGACCCACACAGAGGUGAUGGUAUGAAGAGUGCUACUAUAAAUACAGUAUAGACUAUAAGGUGGAGGUUCAAUCGAUGUUUUCCCUGCAGGUCUGUCUGUACCAUUGACACCCCAUCUCUGACUACAGUAUGGUCCUGCUCCCCUCUCCGGUGUGACCACCCCCAAACAUAGUGACCUGUUUUCUCCUUCUCAACAAGGUGGCCUGUGCCUCGUAAAAACUGUACACAUAUAUGAUAGAUAUUCAUAUAUAUUAUACAUAUAGAGAGAAAUCUAUAGUGUGUCUAUACGUGGUCAGAAAAUCGUUUCAAACUGACAAGAUAUAUAUGUUUUUUUCUUCAUGGUUAUUUUUCUAACUGGCUGGAGGUCAGUGAGAUGUCUUAUUUAGAGUGUUGAGUGGUGUGAUUUUCCUCUGAUUUGUACAUUGUGAGAAAACCCUUCAGCAACAAGAAACAUUCCCUGUCUGAAAACAGGACAGCCCAAAAAGAAAAAAAUAUAAGAGCUUUAGAGCAGUUUGAGGAAUAGAAGUAUAUCCAAAUCUAUUUAGAAGUGUAUAAAAUAUGACAUUAUUACAUUCCUUCCUUAUGAAAACAUUUAGUUGAACAUCACUUGACUUGUGGUGACAACUUCGAACAAAAAAAAAGACUGAAUUUUGCAGCUCACAUCAGUAGCAAUGAGAUUAUGGCUGCUGGACUAAAGCAGUCAGAAACUUGCACUUGUGAGUGAUGACUAUCACGUUUAACAUCCAAGUAGAGGUUCGAGUGACUCUGUCGGGAUGCAUUUCUUUCGCGUGUUUGUCGUCGUUGUCGUCUUGUAAACAGAAGUGGUGACAUACGUGACUGUGACAGCUGAUCAAGUAGAAAAAACAACUCGCAUUAUAUAGUGAAAAUUGAAUUAGACUGUUACAAUCCCCUACUUCCUCUCCCUCCCCUCAUGGUGCCUGUGUCUCCUUUAUAUGGCCAAGUGUUGAUUGUUGUAUGUAAAUGUCUUUCCAUCUACCCAUCUUCCAAAAAUGAUGUGUCCGCUUCACCUAUGAACCUACACACAUCCUGUCACUGACCAAGAAUCCAUUGAUGUGUGAAACUUUCGUGGUUGUGUUUACAAAUGUUAAAAGAAAGGUCCUGAUUUGGAAUUUUCUUUUUAUGGGAAGACAAUGCAAACAGACAGAGGAGCAAAAAUCCUCUCAAUUCACCAUCGGGAGGCGGAGUGCAUUUCCCCGACUUUCAGGUCCUUAUCUUUUGAAUACUUGAAGUAGGGGGUUCUCCUACCAUCAAAUACCAUACUGUAUAUGAUUUACAUGGUAGAACACAUGAAACAUUUGAAUUGUGCCCAUGCAUGCUGAAUUUUACAUAACGUGCCAACUGGAAGCGACGACGUAAGGAUAAUCUCCUGUUCUCUAUGCAGAGCGAUUUCUCAACUGUUGUGUCAAAUAAAAAAAAUGGUAGGAGACACAGAGGCUUAGAGGCUGGGGCUUGUUCCCUGGGCUUGAACGAAAGACUAAUCCUGGGUGUGAAAGACUAACAUCGCACUCAGUGUGAGGUGGAGUCAAGAAGUCAAGUCUGUGGCUGGAGGCAGCCGUGUAGAAAAAGACUUGAAAGGCCUGUAGGUUCACCAGUUAUUUUCAAAAGGCCUUUGAGAAAAAAAGUAUGAAAAGCCUAACAUUUUCACUUUAUCGUUGUAUACAGGUUGUUUUUCUUUAACUGUAUGUUGCUGAAAACUUUGGAUUAAACAAAUCACUGUGACCAAUGCCAGAAACAUUUUUUUGUUUUGACAGAACAAAAAUUGUUUACAUUUUUAUUCUUCAUUUUUUGUAUUUAAGUUAACUUUAUUUUUUCUAUGGUUUAAGCUUAUAAAAUAUGCCAGUUUGAGACUGUACUAUUUGUAUGAGUAAAUGUUUUGAGCUGUACAGUAAAGAUCUAGGAACACGUUAAAUGUGAGUGUCCAGCAUGCUGAAUGAUUACUUGUGUGAACGUGAGCUAGCCUCCCAUGAUGCAUCAUUCCUCAUUCAUUACUUGCAUCUGCAUCGUGCAUUGUGACGGUGUGAUGUUGUGUUUGAGAGUGAUGUGUGUCUCACUUACUGUGUCCCCUUAGUAGACAGCCUGUGCAGUUUUGUGAGAGUGCAGCAUGUUUUUGGGGUUGCUUGUGUAAAUGUAUUCAGAAAAGAGAAAGGAGUGAUAGUAAGUGUGAGUGCACAUAGCUGCUUUUAUGGGUGUGGGUAUGGUGGGUGUGUGUGUCAUGAAUGCAUAAGAGAACAAUCUAUUUAAAAAACUUUAUCAGAGGAAGUCCCUAGAGAAAAAAGAGAGACUGAGUCAAAGUUUUGAAUGAAGCAUGGAUACUCUGUGAUGUUUUCUGUUUUUGUUUUUUUAACCCUCUGAGGCUAUCCUCAGCUCCCCAGUUUGCUAUUGUAUGUGAUGUAACAGAAUACUACUAUUGAGUGUUGGCCAGCUUGUUUAUAUCCAUCAAAUAAAGGUGACUUUCUUUCUGUC